GCGUAUUUUCCAAGAAGCACAAGCGAUAUCGUUUGUGGUUUCUGGAGCGACUUGCACAUUUCCACACACAAACAACCAUUACGAAGCAGAGGACGCACCGCCAUGAUGAAGGUUGUUGUGUUUGUGUUUGCAGUGCUUGCGGCUGUGGUGGCGCACAGCGCCCACGGCUUGGACCACAAGAUGCUGGGUGGCCCGCCGUCCGAGUUCAAGCGCCACGGCAUCCCGGACUCUUCGCUUGGCGCGCUGUUCCAGUCGUCGGCGACGCACUUCAUGCGUUUUGAGCAGACGGCCGACAACGAGCGGCUGUGGACUUACGAGGUGGAUGUGGUCGUGGACUCCGACGAGGGGUUCCAGUUUUCGCUCAUGUCCCCGCUGCUGGAUCGGCUUGAGCCGACCCUGCGCGACCCCAGCGGCAACGCCGUCGAUCUCUCGGGCCACAAGACCCAGUCCUUCUGGCCGGUUGGCGACAGCGCGACUGAGAUUAUUGGCGACGUGUACACGUUUGAGAAGCCCGCCGUCGGCACGUACCACCUCACGCUCGCCGUGAGCGACAUGGCCGAGGCCGAGUUUCUGCAGCGCGUGCAGGGUGCUCGCAGCAGGAGCAAGACCUCCGGGGACGGCAUCCUCCUGGUGUGGAACGAGUCGCAGGACGAGAUCUUCAGCAAGCUCACGUCGUACCUGACCAUGCGCCAGGACGACAACCUCGGCUUCCAGGCCCAGAUGUAUGACGUGACUGCAAACCCGAGCCUGGUCAAGGCCAAGGGCCUUCGCCCCACCGCCCUCGGCGAUGCCGUCUCCGCCGCCAAGCUGGAGGUCUUCUUCCCCAACGGCACGCGCGUGGAGGAGCAGAUGCACGACGAUGGCCUGCACAACGACCUCCUCGCCAACGACGGCGUGUUUGGCGGCAGCUUUGUCCCCGACGUGUGCGGCUCGUACCUCGUGCAGACGGUGCUGGAGGGCACGCGCAGCAACGGCGCCGCCUUUGUUCGCACGGCCGAGCACAGUGUGCGUAUCGUGCCCCGCAGCCUGGAGCUGACCGGUGCGGUCGACAUGCACGUGGACCGUGCCCAGCACCGCCUCGUCGUCGACCUCGCGGUCAAGCAGUUCCAGGUGGAUGCCGGGUUCACAGACCUCGCCGAGCGCUACAGGGCCUACUUUGAGCUCCACGGCAGGAACAUCUUUACCGGACACGAAGUCCCAAUUGCGUGGUCGUCUGCGCUCGUUGCCCCAACAGCGGGCAGCAACGGUGCGCCCGUCCUUCGCCUCGACGUGGACCUUGCCUGGCUCGCCGCUGCUGCUGCUGUGGGCCCCUUCUCCCUGAAGAACGUGUAUGUGCAGGAGGUGAACACGUUCAUCCCCGUGUCGACAAUGGGCGCCAUUGACGCGCCGCUGUCCGCCUCAAACGACGUUGCUCUCUGGCGCGCAUUCCAGACUGCAAACGCAACAUACGACGGCACCGUCACAGAGAAGAUGCGGUUUGGCGUGCGCCCCAAGUGGCUGCACGAGCGCGUCACUGCCCGCGCAUCCGGCAACGCCACCGCUGCCGCCGACGCAAACCCGGCCCUCGUCCUCUUGCACGGCUACUGCUCCGACUCUAACCCGUGGAAGCACACCAGCCACGUGUGGGAUGAUGCGCGCUACUUUGAGGAUCCCAAGCAGUCGCGCUCCCACGACAAAUUUGCCCAGCUCGUGGUUGAGUUUGCGGAGAAGGAGGGCCUGACCUCGUAUGGGCUGCUCGGCCAUUCCCAGGGCGGGUUUGCCUCCGUCCACGUGUACAACUACUACUGGACCGGUGUCGACGCCUCCCAGGGUGCCCGCAAGUUGCAGUCCAUGGGCACGCCAUACCAGGGCAACUCGGGUGCCGGCUUCUGGGCUGAGGUGCUGAACAUGCUGGUUGAGGAAGGCUGCGACUCCCAGGAAGACCUCACCCGCGACGGUGCGCAGAUGUGGCUCUCCGGCAUCUCCGCCGAGGUUGCCGACAACAUGUACUACUAUGUCACCCAAUACGACAAGGGCGGCCCGCUCGGCAACGGCUACUGCAACAUGUUGACGAAUGCGGUGCUUGCGAAGCCCAACGAUGGCGUGACGGAGGUUGACUAUGCACACCUCGAGGGCGCCCACUACAUGGGCCUCACCAAGGGCGAGUGCCAUAUCCAGGACAUGAACUGGCCCGCGUCCUUCCUCAACGAAGACCGCAACAAGCUCAUGAACGCCGAGGCUGCCCGCUAGGCGCCGCAUGCUUGGCUUCUUGUUCUUGUUCUUGUUCCUCAACUUGUUGCACCCAUUUCACCACCGUCAUCUUCGUGUUGCUGUGUUUGUGCGCACGCGCGUGCAUGUGCCUUGUUUCCUUUGUGCUGUGCUUUUGCAUGCUUGCUGGCUUGUUGUGAUGCGUUGAAUGUUGUUACAUCACCAUGUGCACGUGUGCGAUAUGUUGGUUCGUUUGGUUUGGUUUGGUUUGGUUUGGCUGUUUUGUUGUUGUCGUGUUGUGUGUGAGGGAUUGUGUUUCAAAUGGAAUGCCCUGCCAGAGGCAAGUUUGUGUUUGUGUUUGUGUUCUCCAAAGCAUUCUAACCCGCCUCAUCAUUAGUUGACAUGCAGCUUUUGCGCCCCCUUUCCCCUUGUCUUCCCUUGUGUUUUGCAGCAGAAUACACACAUGCAAUGGG